AUGGUUUCUACAGUGACGGAAAUCUUCAUCCAUGAUUCAACCCUAAUCUCUCUCUCUCUAUCCGAAGAUAGCAGCAGCAGCAAAAUGAUAUCUUUACAACCACUGUCAAAUCCUAAACCCUUUCCCUUCAAUUACAAGAUCUCAAGACCUAACCACCGUUUCGGCGCCGGGAGGCCCUUAAUUUCGACCAAAGUGGUACGGUCUCUUCUGCAGUACAAUCGCAAGCCUGAGCUAGCUGGGGAGACACCUCGAGUUGUCGUCAUCACCUCCGGCAAGGGAGGAGUAGGGAAGACAACAACAACCGCCAACAUUGGUCUCUCCCUCGCCCGUUUCGGCUUCUCCGUGGUCGCGAUCGAUGCCGAUGUCGGUCUGCGGAAUCUCGACCUCCUCCUCGGCCUUGAGAACCGCGUUAAUUACACCGUAGUUGAAGUCUUGAAUGGAGAUUGCCGGCUUGACCAGGCCCUGGUUCGAGACAAGCGAUGGUCGAAUUUCGAAUUGCUUUGCAUAUCGAAACCCAGGUCUAAACUUCCACUAGGGUUUGGUGGGAAAGCGUUAAUUUGGGUGGUGGAUGCUCUUAAAGAUAGGCAGGAAGGGUGUCCGGAUUUCAUUCUGAUUGAUUGUCCGGCGGGGAUUGACGCUGGAUUUAUCACGGCCAUAACUCCGGCGAAUGAGGCAGUAUUGGUGACGACGCCAGACAUAACUAGCUUACGUGAUGCUGAUAGAGUGACUGGUUUGCUAGAAUGCGAUGGAAUAAAAGAUAUAAAGAUGAUUGUGAAUAGGGUUCGGACGGAUAUGAUAAAAGGAGAAGACAUGAUGUCUGCUCUUGAUAUUCAAGAGAUGUUGGGAUUGCCUUUGUUGGGUAUGAUUCCAGAAGAUACAGAAGUAAUCCGAAGCACAAACAGAGGUUAUCCACUUGUGCUGAACAAGCCACCUGCAAUGGCUGGGCUUGCAUUUGAGCAGGCAGCAUGGAGAUUGGUUGAGCAGGACAGUAUGCAAGCAGUCAUGGUUGAAGAAGAACCAAAAAGACGCGGCUUUUUCUCCUUCUUCGGAAGGUGAAGGGGAAGGAAGGAAAAGUUGGUUGUGGAUUAUUCCGAAAUUCCAAAUAUGAACUAACUAGAUCACCAUCCCCCGUCUCCCAAUGCGGAAGCUCUAAGGGGAUUGUAUUUGAAGCUCUAUGAAUUAAUGGGGGGAGAUCAGGAAACCUAUGUAUGGUUGGUGUGGGAAAGGUUUUAAGUCUUAAAAAUGGUGGUGGAAAAUAUUUGGAGUUUAUGUGAGUGAUCUUUAUGAAUGAAUGAAUGAAUGAAUGAGCAAUAAGCUUAGUUAGUUAGUUGUAUUUUAUUCUGUGUGUGGAUGUUGAUUGAAAUUAAUUCAUUUAUUUUGUUAUC